UUUCUGAAAAAAAAGAAAGAAAAAAUGCUUAAUUUUUUUUAAAUUGAUAGUGGAAAUAGUUUUCGAUUAAAUUUUUGUAUAUUUAAACAUUAUAAAAUGAACAAUAAUUCAACCAAACCAAAUUGUUUAGUAAAAAAUAAUGAUAUUGACUUAAAGCCAAUAUUUCUCAGUAAUUCUGUUUAUGAAUUUUGUGACGAUAAGGAGAAUGUUGAUGACCAAUUAACGAUAUGGGGUUUGGACAAUUUGAACUCUAAUGACACACGUAAAUUAAUGUUUGAUAUGAAUUUUAAUGAAUACUCUGACAAUUUAAAUUUUGAAGAACCAAUAUUAAAUAAUAAACAAUGCAAUUGCGAUUGUACUACUACAUGGGAGCAACUUAAGCAAACUUUUGAAUUAACUGAUGAAGAAAUACUCAAGGGAUCUGAUAUAAUAAAUUGCAUGCUUACUGACGAUAUUUUUAAUAGUUUACCCAUUGACUGUAAUGACGACCAAGUUGACAAUUUAGACGAUUUUCAAUGGGAUACACAAUUACUGGAUUUUAAUGACAUAGACCAAUACCAAAACGAAAAUAUAGCCGAAAAAGAAAAAGAAUUAAAAAUGGUUAAUGAACCCGAAGUAAAGUCGACAAACAAAAAAUCAACUAAGCCUGAAAGUAAACAAAAAAACGUAACUCAAAAAAAUACCACAAAACCCAAUGAAAAAAAAGGUGUUGAUACAAUUGUUGAGUCUAAUAAACCUCGUCAAGAAACCAUUAAAAAUGAAAAUCAGAAACAGAACAUUAAAAAUAAAUCAAAAUCACCCAAGAAAAAAACUAAACGUUGUACCGAAAACGAAUUAGUAGUCUUAAAUAAUACAAAAGAAGAAAAUAGGAUAAUGAAUAUGAAGUACGUAUACACAUUUGGUGAGGAUUAUCGAGGUGGCAUAAAAUACGGUCAUAAAAAUUGCGUUAAUUUUUGGAUGCCAAUUCCGCAUAAUAAAGGUUGGAUUGAUGAUAAAUUUCUGGAAGCCGAAAGGAAAAAAACAAUUGACAAGAAAAAAUUGCAAAUUGCGCAGGAACAACAGAGCAGAAUGAAAACAAUGGAGAAUGAAAAGGCCACGAUCAAAAAAGCUAGACAGGAAAGAGCAGCGUUGCGUUUUCCCAGUUAUAACACAAACGCUAAACCUAAACCGAAAAAAGCACCAAAAGUCCCGAAAAUUAAGAAAGUGGAGGCGGUUCCCGCGUUCAAAUUGAAUAAAAACCGAGGCAUAUACACGAUCACUAUGAAUUAUUAUACGAAAGAAGGGCGAUUGGACAAGACGGAAGAACCAGUUGUGUUCAAAUUAGCUGACCACACGAAAGAAAUGGAUGGCGUGAGCUCAACUUCGAGCUUCAACGUGGAGUUCGUCACACCAGGAGCAAUCAAUUCGUUACGUCCGAAAAAACCCAUUAAACCAAAAGUCGUUAAUACUCCUAUUCCGGCCGUUGAAGCAGUCGCGCCACCAGUUAAGUCGACACCCAAAAAGAAAGCAUAAGGAAUUAUUGUCCGUUAAACGGUUUCUCGUCCGCAAUAACACCAACUGAGCUCUAUAACUAUCACUGGACUGCCAAAAUGUUACCGGAGUGGAAACAGUACAGGUACGGGUUCCAGUUCUGCAGCUGCAACGGCGCCAAGUCUGAACGGUUCAAGUUCUAACGGCAUGUUUAAACGGUUUUAGUUUUGUGUCAAAUAUGGGCUUGAUAAGUAUUGGUUCUGGAGUAGCGAUCGAAAAUCCGAAAGAGCCAAAAAAUUUCCAAUACUGAUCUGUACUACCCACGUUAUCCGUUAGUGGCAGUUCCAUACACUAUAGUAUUUUUAACUUCGUAUACAAUUUAUACAAAUUAUGCUUACACAAAAAAUUUUAGAAAAUUAUUUUUAACCAUUAAUAAAUUAUAAUAAUGAUGAAAAAAAA